AUGGCACAAUGAAAUGGAAGCCGGAUGGUUACGUUGUUGGCGUGCCAGGCCUCACCUCAUCAUGACCUGAAUAUUGCUGCCGCAACUUUCCGCCAGAAGUAGACCUGGUCAGACUCCUCCUUAGAUCACAUAUUUCAUUUGACGUCAUUCUUUCGAGAGACUUGCCUUUCUGUAUUUGCCUUUGCUUUGACUUUCAUCUCACUACACUCACUACUCUCACUACUCUCACUAUAUCUCAUCAUUCUCUGGGCUACUUCUCUUCUGCUUCUGAAAAUGUCUCUAGACGAGUAUAUCUCUGAUCCGCGAUUUCUGCAGGAAUACUGCAUCAGCGAAGAUCUGUCCCAACUGAGCAUGGAUCCGAAAUCCGUGCCUCAUUCACGUCAGAUAAGGCUGGGAUUAUUCCACCCUCUGGGAAAACCCGACAUAUUCAAAUCAUGCUGUCGCUACGAAGGCCGGCAUCCGCCUUACCCAGGCAUGGUUUUCACGGUGCGAGAUCGACAAGAGAUUCUCAAUCUACAACCACUGGCAAAGAUCUGGAGGCAGGAACUAUGCAAGGUCCCCCCCUUUUCUCGGGUGAUAUUCGAUCUUACAUUACCGCCAAACUGCCGUGACCGAGGAAUUGAAUGGUAUUCAUUUGGGCGCCCAAAGUCCUGGCAUGGGAUUGAUACCACCGAAGCCUUUAAUCUUGUCAGGACGAUUGCUUUGACGACAAGGAUGCGGGUGAAGGGGGAUGUUUCCUUUCAGAUUAUUCACGACCAAACCGACCUGAAGGCGAUGAAAGAGAUAGAACAGCAUGUUAGUGCGCUGAAUCGAGCGACGUCUACUGAGAUGCCAGAGGGGGAGGAUGUCUCUAUGGAUUAGACCGGAAACGAGACAGUGUGUGGAGCUUUAGCUAAUUGACAACAUUACCUUGUGUGGCUUACUGAAUGUCAUGUCUUUCC